AAGGUUGAAAAUGCUAUUGCAUGCAAGAAAUACAGCCCUGCCGCACUCGAGGAGUCUCUUCCGUUCGGCAACUCCGGAUGCCUGACGAGAAACGUUCACGCGUGGCCAUCGCUGCCCUGCCGAGUUAGGACCACUUCUUGUUACAUCAGGACAUGGUUGCUGAAGCCCAAGACCGCCGUCCGCGGCAGCUAGAAUGGGUUUCACGAAACCUUCGAAACGUCAGAAAGAGGUCAAGUGCUGAUACUUCCUCUUGCCCCCUACCUUUGUGCCUUUAUGUAUUUCUACUCUUCUUGUCGUUGUCCACUGAGCUGGCUCUAUCUUCAUACUGAGAUCUGAUGUGCGAUCUCAACAAACAACCAACAUGCAACUUGCAAAAGCAGAGUGGAGCUGGAACCAUUCGAAGCUCGAAUAUUGGUGAACAUGCCCUUCGACUCGCGAUACAGAUACAAAAACACCAACCUCGAGGAACACCAGGCUGGGAGAUUUUACAAUUCCUUGCACAGAUGGUAGCAUCUUGCGUCUUCUAUGACUGUAUUCGGAAUCGCAGAGGAGAAAUCAGGGAUGUAUUCAGUGACUACUAUCAGCCAUCCUUGGAACGCAUGUACAUGCUAUUUUGCGACCACCACUUGCCAUGCUCUUUCUCUGAUCGUCUGAACCGUCCGUGUGCAAGAACCAGGCUAGCUCAUGGCGCAGAUCACCGUACUGCACAUGACAAAAUCAUCGGGACAGGUCGAUACGAAGCAGAUUUCUCUGCAGGUUCUUACCAGCCGCUGUGGAUUCGCUUUCUUAAAGAUGAGAUUGAUGAGCACGAAGACGAUUACUGGGAAGCUCUGGAUGAAGAGCCGCCAACAAUCUCAAGAAGAGAGAUCGCCGCUAGACUGCAUCUCAACACGAUUUACGAAUUCUUCACGGACUUAGGAACAGCAGCUCCUUUCAUAAGUCAUGCGAGUUGCUUCGCCUGCUUGCUCGAAAUCCCACGGCAUCCGCUUCCGUGCGGACAUGUAAUCUGCGACAACUGCGUCCGAAUGUGUGGAGACAAGGGCCAUGCCAAGUUGCAGCUGAAGUACUGUCCGCUGCAUCGACAUACCAGCUUUGAACCGCCAUGGGAGAUUGAACACAAAUCUGAGCGCGCAGGCGUCCGGAUUCUAUCUCUCGACGGAGGCGGAAUACGUGGUAUUGUGGAGCUUGAGGUCCUGCGCGCAAUAGAAAAAGCCCUUGGCUGUGACAUACGCAUUCAGUCCUUUUUCGAUCUCAUAGUGGGGACAAGCACUGGAGGAAUCAACGCGCUAGCCUUAGGCGUGAAGCAGUGGCCAGUCUCAUACUGCAUAUCAAAUUUCGAGAAGUUUUGCGAUCAAGCUUUUACCGAGCGUGAAUUUGGAGGCAUAUGGGGUUUAGAGCAGGCUGCUCUGGUAAACCAUGGCAGUCUCUACAAAACGAGACCUCUCCACAAAGCCCUGCAAGAAACACUUGGUCAAGGUACACUUUUCGGCGGAAGCGAUACUCUGAGGAAGUUUCGUACCAAAGUCGCAGUGACGACCACAUCUGGAGAUGGCAAGGAAGCUAUGUUACUUGCAAACUACAACCGCUCUCAGCAUCCAGGCGACAGUCUAAUCUUCGUACGGCCAGACAAUCCUGAGCAUGAGCUCGAAGUCUGGGAGGCGGCAGCAGCUGCUUCGGCAGCACCAUUCUACUUCAAGCCUUUUGUUCACCAGAAGACCGGAAAGAGCUACAUAGAUGGAGGGCUCUACCACAAUAACCCAGUACAUGUUGCAAACAGAGAACGCAGGCUUUUGUGGCCCGACUUAGCCAACAAGCAUCCAGACAUGCUUUUGUCCAUUGGAACAGGCCAGAAUCUCGAUAAUGUUGAACGAGAGAAAAGGCAGCGCCACUCUUCCGUAUCUCGAAGCGAGGAUAAGUCGAAAAGCCCCACACGGCAGGCGAGAGGCCUUCGCCGUACGUUGAACAACUUUGGAGCCUUGUAUCAAAGGUUCGAUAACAUCCUAGAUGCCGAGAAUACCUGGACCGACUUCAAGGCAGACAUCGACAAUCGAGACAGCGACUUUCCAAGUCCUUACAUCCGAUUCAAUCUGGAUCUCGAGCGCAAGUUGCCUCCGUUUGACGCGAAAGAGAAGUUCCAAGAACUCAGACAGGACGUCAGACAAAGACUUCGAGACCCAGAUGUGGUGCGAAUGACUAGAGAUAUCGCUUCCUCGCUCAUAGCGAGCUCAUUCUAUUUCAGGUUGCUAAGUUCGGUACCUCAACGCAGCGGAAGGUUCAAGUGUACGGGAUAUAUUUGCUGCAAGUUCGAAGAAGGAUCUUCCAACUUGAAGGCACUAGGCGAGUUUCUCAAGAAGCGAAGCUCGGUAAGCUUUAUGCCGUAUUUCGUCAUCCAGGAGACAUCAAGAUGUACAUCCCACAGAAGUGUAAAGGUCGAGUUGACCGACAAAACACUAUCGAGACUGGUCACAUACGGCAUGCUCAGGAUACCCCACAUUGACAUUGAAGUCUCAAGUCCAAUGGCUUCGACAACCAUCGCUCUGGUCCUAGCAGAAGACACCCGAGGCGAAGCAACUGAAAGAUAUCUGCUCAGCGGCUUCCCAAGAACUUUAGUACAAGAGAUGCCUUGCAACGCGUCGCCGGUAGAGCUUGGUUCAAGCCCUACAAGGACUGAUUAUCGUAAAUAUCCACAGCCUCAGCAAGCACACAGCGAAAGACUUCAGACGUCUGGCUCUACAAGUAGAACACUGCCAUCACGAUCGCGGUCUUCGCAUGUUCAAUCGUCUUUGCCAUCACGACCUGUCUCCUCUCACCAAUAUGCAGCACAUUCGCGAGGUGACUCUGCGAUUGAGCUUCCACACCACGCUUCUCCCUUCGCAACACCAAGACCGCAUGUUUUGCAAGAACAAGUUGCAAUGCCGAGACAAAGCUACCAAGCGUUUUCAUAUGAGCGACCUUCGAACGAGAACAGAGUGCCGGCAUAUCUAGUCGAGCGUGCUGCGAGACAAAUACAGAGAGAGGAUGAGAGGAAGCUGAGAAAGACCCACACUGGGGAUGAUUCAGGUCGCCCGAAGAGGUUGGUGAAGAGAAGAGAGACCAGCGAGGCGUUCGUCGGAGUUGGCUGAAGAAAGGGACUAUGAAUGGGAAGGGCAGGUGUGAUGACAUGCCCAAGUCCAGUGGGGCCACGGGUACCUGCAGCGACCUCGUUUGCCUCAUGGGACGAUGGCUUUUCGCCAGUCUGAAAGGGCCUAUCUCAAUGGACACAAGCCUGGACUCAAGAACAUUGAGCAAUUUGACGGUUGCUCCGGAAAGCACACAGAAAGAUGGAGAACGUACUACUGAUCCGUUUGCUUCGGAUCCUGUGU